UGGAGACGAGAAUCAGAUCACCAACUUGAACAUGAUUUCUUGUCUCCCACAAAUUAUGUGCGCGCAUGCUUCAUCUCCUCUUCUUUAUACACAAAAUUCCCCUCUAGGUCCAGCUACAUGAACCCCUCUUAUAGUCUAGUCUGCCAUCAACCUGACUCCGUACCAUGGCUUCUCCCUCGGAGCUGCCGGAGCUGCCGCUGGAGACGCGGUGCCUGCCGUUCGCGCUGCGCCAGUACGCCGGCUUCUGGCUGCCGGAGGCGGUGCUGGCGCGCGGCCUCCCGGCGGUGCGCGACCGCUUCGCGCCGAGGCUCGACGACGUGCUCCUCGCCAGCUUCCCCAAGUCCGGCACCACCUGGCUCAAGGCCCUCGCCUUCGCCACCGCGCGCCGUGCCGUGCACCCGCCGUCCGACCACGACCACCCGCUCCGCCACGGCAACCCGCACGACCUCGUCCCGUUCCUCGAGUUUGGCUUCACGCUCGCCUACGACGCCGACGCCCUGGCGGCCGGCCUCGAGGCGCUCCCUUCCCCGCGCCUGCUGGCCACGCACCUGCCCUUCUCCCUCCUCCCCGGCCGCCUCGCCGCCGCCGGCCGCAUCGUCUACGUCUGCCGGCACCCCAAGGACGCGCUCGUCUCAGCCUGGACCUUCACCAGGAAGGCGUCGGGGAGCAUGGGCGUGGACGCGGAGUCCUACUCGCUCCGGGAGGCCGUGGAGCUCUUCUGCGCGGGGCGCUGCGUAGCCGGCCCGCAAUGGCGGCACGUGGUCGAGUACUGGGAGGCGAGCCUCAGCCGUCGGAACGUGCUGUUCCUCAGGUACGAGGAGAUGCUCCGCGACCCCGUGGGGAGCCUGAGGACGAUGGCGGGGUUCAUGGGGUGCGCCUUCUCGCCGGGGGAGGAGGAGCGAGGCGUGCCGCAGGCCAUCGUGGAGCUGUGCAGCCUGGAGAAGCAAAAGAAUGUGGAGGCGAGUCGGGACGACGGAAGGACGGCAGAUGGCAUCAAGGCCGACGCCUACUUCAGGAAGGGGGUGGCCGCGGAUUGGAGCAGCCACAUGACGCCGGAGAUGGGGAAGAUGGUGGACGAGGCUGUGGAGGACGGGCUCCGGGGGUCUGGUUUCACCUUCGCCGACUCAACUCCGGCCAACCGUGAAAAAUGACAGAGUCGAAGCGAACCCAGAUCGUCCCCGGCACCACCUACUUCUUGUUCAAUAAUGCAUGCUUUGUGUCCUUGUUUUUGAGUCCGGUGUGCGUGUGCGCGCGCGAUGCAUAUUGUCCACGUACUGUCCAUUCAUGUAUGCGUACUUUUCUUUGGCUUCCAGAACUCAACUCAAGUGAGCUGAAAUAUGUGUGUGCUUUUAGCAUUGAACUGAACCGAUAUGCUACAACUAUGUCCCCAGCUAUAAUUCAAUUGUUACUGUUUGUUAGAAUAAA